UGCAGCAGACAGGACCUCUGUCCUGUGGUGCUCUGUAGCCUGUUCUGGGGCCUCUCCCAGCCUCAGAUUCCAGCGCAGCCCCUCCUUCGGCCUGGCUCAUGGCUCUGCUCUUCUCCCUGAUCCUCGCCAUUUGCACUGGACCCGGCAGUUUAGGGUCUUUGUCCAGAGUGCGGCUAGUGGGGGGUGACCACCGCUGCAAAGGACGCGUGGAGGUGCUGCAGGGCAGCGAGUGGGGCACCGUGUGUGAUGACGGCUGGGACAUGAACGAUGUGGCCGUGGUGUGCCGGGAGCUGGGCUGUGGAGCAGCCAAGAAGACAACCAGUGGCACUCUAUUUGGGCCAGUGGCACCAAAGGACCAAAAAGUCCUCAUCCAAAUGGUCGGAUGCAGUGGGAUGGAAGAGAGCCUGUCUCAGUGUGAAGGGGAAGAUGUUUUCAACUGCUUACAUAAUGAGGAUGCAGGAGCUGAGUGUGAGCUCCCGGAGAGCGUGCGGCUGGCCGGUGGCCCCACGCGCUGCCAGGGCCGCGUGGAGGUGAAGUUCCAAGGAGACUGGAGCUCUGUGUGCAAAGCAGGCUGGCGCUUCGCAGCUGCCAAGGUCGUGUGCCGGCACCUGGGGUGUGGACGAGCCAUCCUGACCCAGAAAAGCUGCAACAAAGCGACCCAGGGCCAAGGGGCCAUCUGGCUGAGAAAGCCGUUAUGCUCAGGACAAGAAGUGAGCCUUGAGGACUGCCCUUCUGAGGUUUGGGAACACAACUGUACCCACAAUGAGGACGUGUGGGUCGAAUGUGAAGAUCCCUUUAAAUUGCGGCUGGCAGACGGGAACAACGGCUGUGAGGGAAGGCUGGAGGUGCUGCACAAGGGAGAGUGGGGCACUGUCUGUGACGACAACUGGAGACAAGAAGCGGACCAGGUGGUGUGCAGGCAGCUGGGCUGCGGGGCGCCCCGCUCUCUGCCUGUCCCGAAAAGGUUUGGCCGUGGUGUUGGCCGCAUCUGGCUUGAUGAGGUCAGCUGCUCAGGGAAGGAGCAGUCCCUGGAGCAGUGCUCACACAGGCUGUGGGGCUACCACAACUGUGACCACAGAGAAGAUGUGGCUGUGGUCUGUGAAGAAAAGUAGCCUGGCCUACUUGAUGCAUGACCCACAGUUCCCCAGCAUCCUCACUUCUCCUGGGCCCUGAUUGGCCUGGCCUGAGCCCUGCGGCUGCGAUGGUACCCACCUCCCCACUCUGCCCCUGGAAAGAGUGUGAACUCUAUGCCUAUGCCUUGCUCCAGAGCCAAGUGCUCCCGUGGUUGCCUGGAGAUAGGAGGUAUUGCAUGUCCUUAACAAGGGAAGACAGGGCUGCAUCCUCCUCUGCCCCGGGUUGGCCUGGCUGGCCUCUGCUCCCCCAGCCUGGCGCUCUGACCAGCACAGGCCAUUGCCAGCCCAUCUCUAGGCCUGUACAGAACUCGGGAGACCACAACCAGUCACUGCAGCUCGCUGCCCUCCUGCCCCUUGGUGGAGGCAUAUCCUUUCAGCAGCAGAGCGGCAUCUUGUAAUUCUAGAUGCUUUCGCGGUACCUAGAAACCGUGCCGCACCCCCUGAACGCUUGUAAGAAAACGGCCCUGUUGACCCUCGCAAACAGUCGCCACCACAGUUGAGGUGCAUCGAGCAGCCGUGCACGUGCGUCCCAACGGACCCGAGGAAAGGAUGGUGGGGCGGCCGCGGCCAGAAGGAGGGAAGGGCCCCGAGCCGCGUCUCACGCCGGUCGGAUGACACCACUCAUUUUCUGCACUCACACGCUGGUGCCUGGAUAUGCGAGGCGGGGUGCGAGGCUGCUAAGGAGAGAACCUAGACCUGGCUCUAAAACUCGAGGCUGAGACUGAGCACCUGCAACGUGCCUGCGUUUAGCUGCCUAAUAAAGUCGAUCUCACGGUCUCAGCCA